AUGAACCUGCUGUCUCCGCUCCCAGAUUACCUGCAGGCCGUGGAUUCCUGGCUGGACGUCCUGCUGCCCAGGAUCAAGCCCCGGUUGUACCAGAACGGAGGGAACAUCAUCAGCAUCCAGGUGGAGAACGAGUAUGGGAGCUACUCCGCCUGCGACUACGACUACCUGCGUCACCUGCUGGCCGCCUUCCGCGCCCGGCUGGGGCCCGACGUGCUGCUCUUCACCACCGACGGCAACAGCGCCGCCGAGCUGCGGUGCGGCACCCUGCAGGGGCUCUACGCCACCGUGGACUUCGGGCCAGGCCCCAACGUCACAGCCGCGUUUGCCCCUCAGCGACUCUAUGAACCCAAGGGACCUCUGGUGAACUCGGAGUACUACACGGGCUGGCUGGACUACUGGGGAGAGCCGCACGCCGGCAGCAGCCCCGCGCAGGUGGCUCAGGGUCUCCAGGACAUGCUGCAGCUGGGAGCCAACGUCAACAUGUACAUGUUCCAGGGGGGCACCAACUUCGGCUACUGGAGCGGUGCCGACUACAAGGGCCGCUACAAGCCAGUCACCACCAGCUACGACUACGACGCGCCGCUCUCGGAGGCAGGCGACCCCACCGCGAAGCUGUUUGCCAUCCGGACGGUCAUCAGCAAGUUCCAGCCCCUGCCUGAGGGUCCGAUGCCGCCCGCCACCCCCAAGUACGCCUACGGCCCCGUGCCCCUGCGGAAGCAGGGCGAGGUGCUGGAGCUGCUGGACGUGCUGUGCCCCGGCGGGCCCAUCCGGAGCCGGUUCCCUCUCACCUUCGAGGCCGUGAAACAGGCUCAUGGCUUCGUCCUGUACCGGACGCGCCUGCCCCGGGACGUCUGGGAUCCAGCCCCUCUGAGCUCCCCUCCCAACGGCGUCUGCGACCGCGCCUACGUGCUGCUCAAUGGGGAGUACCAGGGGAGGCUGGAGCGCGACGGGCAGAUGACACUGAACAUCACAGGCCAGGCUGGCGCCACAUUGGACCUGCUGGUGGAGAACAUGGGCAGGAUCAACUUUGGUGUGAACGCCAGCGACUUCAAGGGCCUGCGCCAGAAUCUCUCCCUGGACUCGGCACUGCUCAGCGACUGGCUGAUUUACCCCCUGGACGUGGACUCGGCUGUGACGCGGGGCUGGCCCCCGCCCACCCCCCAGGCUGAGGGGAGCAGGGCCAGGCUGGGGCCGGUUCUCUACACUGGGGCCUUCCAGACCCCUGGCAUCGCCUGGGACACCUUCGUGAAGUUCCCCGGCUGGAGCAAGGGCCAGCUCUGGAUAAACGGCUUCAACGUGGGCCGGUACUGGCCGGCCCGGGGCCCCCAGCAGACGCUCUUCGUGCCUGGCUCGCUGCUGAGCGCCUCGGCCCCCAACAACAUCACCCUGCUGGAGCUGGAGGGGGCCCCCCCCCGGCCCUUCGUGCUGUUCCUGGACCGGCCCCUGCUCAACCAGACCGUCAGCCCCCAGGCUGGGACCGAACUGCCACCUCCCUAAUGCACCCCCCGGUGCCUCCUGGGCCCCACGGGCUCCCCCAGCCCAGGGCCCUGGCACAACUGGCUACAGCGCAGGUGCCUUUGGACAUCCUCCCGUGCCUUGGCGAUGCCCAGAUCUCCUGGCCCCACUGGGCGUGGCCAGCCCAGCCAGCAGGGGCGGGGGAGUCCUGCCGGCUGAGCCGAGCCCAGGGGCUGUGGGUGCGGGCUGCCCCCACCCUCACUCACAGGGCAGGGCCAGGGCCCCUUGCAGCCGCAGAGGAGGGGGACAGCCUUGCUCCUGGUGAAGUAGCAGGUACUGGCUGGGCCAGCCCCCAGCGGGCAGAGCCUGUCCCUCUGCCAGCGGCAGAGCCCGCCUGUAGCCCCUUGGGACGGGCAGGUAUCCGUCCCAGCCCCCGGCGCCCCACCGAAUGGAGACACAGAGUUCACUGCCUGCAGCUUGCCCUUUAUUGCCAGGUUUGGGGGGCGUUGUGGCCGCUUGCCGGGGUGGGGGGCAGAGGCAGCAAUGCCAGGGGAGCCGGUUUCCUGCCUGCUGGCUCCCGCCCCCCAGGCUGGGCACUGGGGGUUACAUUUUAUUACCCGUUAAAGCAAAAUCUUGUGCCUUC